GCUGGAUGCGCCUGAGGGAAUUGUAUUGUUGCAAUGCUUGUUCGGUUGUGUUCCCGUGUUAUGGUUGUUAUACCAAGAAGCAGGUUCGUGUUCGUGGCGCCCACUAAAGCCCACCUGGAGGAGUUGGCUCUCUCCAGGUGUGGCAGGAAGACGGAGAAUAUUGCCGGCAUUGCGAAGGCAUCCAGCAAGAGCGAAUGGGGCGUGUACAUGAACCUGCUCUACUGGGGUUCGGGCGUGGCGAGGGUGAACACGUGGAAGCGCGGGCGGUUCACGCUGCCGCUCCUGCUCUUUCCCGAUAAGCUGUCGGAUUUGCGAGGCGUCGGUCUGGAGGUCGUGACGUUCGAGUGGGAACCGAGCGUAUUUUAUUACCGGGACGCGGCCGGCCGAGUGCUCUUCCGCUACGGCACUGACAUCGGUGUGGUGAACGCGCUCUCGCAGGUGCUCAAUUUCACCGUGGCUUUCAAGGAGCCGCCAAAGGGCGAAUAUUGGGGCCGAGAGAUAGAAAACGGAUCUUGGUCGGGCAUGAUGGGGAAACUAGCCAGGAAUGAAGUGGACAUCGGCGUCGGCGACCUGUACAUGACCAUUGUUCGCGUGGGGAUCCUGGAUUACACGGCGCCAUACGACUCUGAGCUGAGUUGCUUCAUGGCGCGCACGGAGCCGCCUCUCCCCCGCUGGCAGGCUCUGGCCUUCCCCUUCCAAGGCUUCACGUGGCUGGCCAUCUUCGGGGGCCUCAUGCUCACCGGCCCCGUGCUCUACUUGCUGGCCAGGGCGAGCAAUUAUUGCGGCGAGGAGAUCGAGUGCCUGCAGUCCCUCGCGUACAGCUGGUACUACGCCGUCGGCCUCCACUGCUGCGAGGCCCAGGUCAUCCUCCCGACCAUGAAGAGCACGCGAGCCUACGUCAUCUUCCUGUGGCUGUACUGCAUGAUCCUCACCAUCGCUUACUCCACCAACCUCACGGCUUUUCUCCUCGUGACCAAACAGCCUCAGAGUAUGGAGACGAUCAGGGACCUGCACGCGUCGGGAAUCGAGGUCUCGGGCGUCGGCAAGUUCUAUGGCGACGCGCUGGCCUCCGCGAGCGAUCCUUAUCUGCAGAGUCUGAAGCACAGGUUCCAAGACUAUUCUCUGGCAGAACCGAUCUUCAGGAAAGUCCUCAGAGGCGACUCGGUGAUGUUGCAAAAUCAACCUUAUCUUCGGUUCGUUGCCGCAACAAAGUUUACGACCCGAGGUGUUUCGCGAAUGAGGCUCAUGAAGGAGUGCUUCGCCCCUUUUAACAUCGCCAUGGCCGUGCAAAAGAACUCUCCGCUCAAGAGGAAAUUCGACCAGGUCAUCGGCUGGAUGGUCAGCGCCGGCCUCAUCCGCCACUUCUUCCUGGAUUCCCUUCGUCUGGCUAAGUCGACGAAGGUCAAACCAGGCGCCGAGGAGACCAACGAGGACGCUCUCGACGAGGUCACAGGCGGCCUCGCCCGGACGGCCACCGGGGUCAUCCCUCUCAGCCUUGAUCACGUCCAGGGGAUAUUCUUCAUCCUGUUCUUCGGCUGGCUGCUGUCCAUGCUCGUGUUCUUCGCCGAGGCCUUCGUCAGGGAGAGGUCGAGGGGCAAGACGACGCCGGUGAGGGUCCUGGGGUGAAGGGCGUCGGGGGAGGUCGGCCGAGGCGCGUCCCCUCUCCUCAGAGCUUUUGUUCUGUUGCGGGUUCCUUCUCUUUUCGCUUUCCUUCUUCCUCGUUGAUUGUCUCUUCGGUCUUCCUCGUUUCUUUCUUCGGAUUUCCUCUUCUUCGUCUCUUUCUUUGUUUUAUCU